UGGCCGUCAAGUAACGCUUUCACUGUCGCUCACUUUCUCGAUUAGUGUCUACUCACUGUCGGAAACCGCUCAUCAGUAACCUCGUGACGUCCGUCACUAUCACUCACCAUUACAUUUUCGAUUUUUGUUUGUCUUUUCAUUUUCUCUCAGUUUUGGCCCUUUUUAAUUGUAAUCUUUCGCUUCUUCUCUCAUUCCGUGGCGUCUCGAUGGCGCUUUCUACCUCAGCGGUCUCUGUUCAUCAAAUGUAUAAUGUAAAUGCAACUAAAUUACUUGAAUUCGAAAUAUAAUCCCAUAUUUUGAGGUCAAAUUUUGAACCAGUUUUUACUUGUUGGAAGACCAUAUAUUGUCUUUGAAUAAGUGAAAACAACGCCCUGGUAUCUUACCACCAAUAUUGAUUUUGGGAGUAGAGUUUGUUCCAUUGCAGCAAAUUUGUUUUAAGUUGAAGAAUUUGUCUACACUGCAAAUGAUUAUGUAUGAGCAAGAUCCAGAUGUUCUUUGGUGGGGUCUCCAACUGUUUGAAAGUGAUCCAUACUAUAGUUCUGGGUAUGGUGAUACUAUUUCACCAGAUGAUGUGGACAAUUAUGGACAACAUUUUGGGGAAGAUCAUUAUGAAGCUGAAUGUUGCAAUGUAGAGUAUGAUGAGCUUAUUGCUCAUGCACUUCAAGAAGAACUAUCACAACUUGCAGUUGUUGAAGUACCUCAGUCUCCAUGUGGAGAUGAAGAGAACUUGCAAGUACCUGAUUUUCAAGAAGACUGGCUUUGCCAGUCUGCAGCAAACUAUUGUUCUGGUGUGGAGAGUGGCCAGGAAGAGGCAGAUGAUAGUCAGCCUUCCAGUUUAUGUUCUAGCCCUGAAGAAGAGUCAUACUAUGGAGAGGAGUGGUCAUAUCCACUAGAGCUGAUAGAACAGUAUGCAGCUGAUACUGAAGUAGGGAAAAGGUUGAAUCGAAUGGUUCCUGUUCCUCAUGUUCCUAGAAUUAACAGAGAAAUACCAUCUAUUGAUGAAGCAACUUUGGAUCACCAGAGGCUACUGGAGAGAUUGCAGGUAUAUGAUUUGGUUGAACGCAAAGUUCAAGGAGAUGGGAAUUGCCAGAUCAGCAGAUUCUUCAGCGAAAGAAGAUCGAGUUUGUGUUGCAAACUAUGUUCUCCUUGCCAUAUGUUUUCUUCCACAUUUCGCGCUUUAUCAGACCAAAUUUAUCGAACUCCUGAGCACCAUGAAUUUGUCAGGCAUCAAGUUGUAAAUCAGCUUAAGUCUUAUCUGGAGAUAUAUGAGGGAUAUGUUCCCAUGGCCUAUGGUGAUUAUUUGGAGAAGAUGUCCAAGAGUGGUGAAUGGGGUGAUCAUGUCACUUUGCAGGCUGCUGCAGAUUUGUAUGGUGUGAAAAUAUUUGUAAUAACAUCUUUUAAGGACACUUGCUAUAUUGAGAUUCUCCCUGAUGUUGAGAGGUCAAAUCGAGUAAUAUAUCUGAGCUUUUGGGCAGAGGUGCACUACAACUCUAUUUGCCCACCAGGAGAGGAGCCUGAAUAUGAAACCAAGUAGAAGCGGUGGCGAUUGUUUACAAACAAGCAGUUGAUGUAACAGAAUGAGUACUGCUGGUGGUAAUGAUGGGUUUCAUUCUCUCUAGUGUUUGGGCUGGAAAUGUUUGUUUGUUGCUUUUACUAGAAGAUGCAGUUUCCUCAUUACUCUUUCUGAACCAGAUUCAAUUCUAUUCUGAUUUUAAGGACGGAUGAAAUUACAAACAAGCAGUUCAAUUCUUUGUGAACCAGUUUCCUCAUCUGUAUAUGUCCUUUUAAUGUAGACAGACAAUCUCUGUUGCAUUUCCAAAAUUUCUUUCCCAUGACAUUUCA